AGGCUAGAAGAUCUGAUAGUGUAUUUUUUUUAGGCUUCUUUUACAGUGUUUCAGAAAUAACAGAUAUAAAAUGAACAGUACAUGCCUUGGUAUAAAUGGAUUCAACAAAUUGGGACGAGCUAUUUUGACUGCCUCGUUUCUAGACCCAACGAUCACCGUUACCGCCAUCAAUGAUCCUUUCUUUAAUAUAGACUUCAUGUGCUACCUACUUCGACAUGAGUGCCCACAUAUUGGUAAUUUAACCUCGGAGGGGGGGGAAUACCUUGUGAUCAACGAUACGCAUAAGAUACUGAUUACCAAUGCACAUGAAUGCUCUUCAAUGAGUUGGGGCCAACAACACGUUGACGUAGUGGUGGAGUGCAGUCGAGUUUAUACAACGCGUGAUCGUUGUUGGGCUCACCUCGCGGUGGGAGCUCCAACCGUCGUUAUUGCUGCACAGAGCGUAGACGCGGCAUUGGUUCAUAUUAUGGUGAAUGAAGAUAUGUUGGAUAAAAAAUUGCCUGUUAUCUGCGGCGGUGAUCUUAUUGGAGCCGUGAUGGCGCCUUUUGUGGAUAUUCUGUUGCGGUAUGCGGGUAUCGAUGAGAUCGUGUACACUGCCAUUCACGGAUCGCUUCCCCUUGACUCUGGUGGUGGUCGUUCCCUAGCUUUUUCAGAGUGGUGUCAAGCGAGAUAUACUGCAUUUGCCUCGGAUUCUAUCACCUCUUAUCGUCAUGAAGGUGCUUAUACUUUGAACAAAUUAUUCCCACAAUUAAAGGGAAAGAUUAGCGGCAAUGCGUACCAGGUGUCAACGCAUCAAGGUUGUAUGGUCGAUAUAUAUGCACACAGCACGAAAAUUCCAUUUCUCGAUAAAUCAGAACUGAAUGAGGUCCUUUUGAAAGCAAUCAAGCAAGACAAGUACAAGAAUUUUAUUGACUCGUCUGCGCCUAAUGAAGCGUUAUUAAGUGCAGAUUGCGUCGGACACCAUGAAAUCAUAUAUGAACAAGAGUCUUUGUCUUGUAUGCCGACAUCUAGUACGUACCGAAUGCGCCUAUGGAUGGACUUAGAACGUUGUUAUGCAAUCGAUUUGAUUGAAAUGAUCAAGAGAAUCUCAGAGGCUAAAAAUAUAAAUAACAUAAACUGAUGUAAUUAAUAUUAUCCAUCUAUGUUAGACAUAGUAUUUCUACUUUGCCUUUUAUUUUAUUUUUUAGGUGUGCACUUCAAUUCAUAAACCUAGCUUAUGCAUUACAGGUGUGUAACAUCUAUAUGGUGACAUUCGAAUAUUUUUAUGUAAAAAGCAACUUGUUUUACAGUCAAAAAAAU